UGAACCUUGGUGUUGCCUGGUCGUGCUAGUGUGUUGCCUUCGGGUCGUCGGUCGCGAGGUCUAACAGUCGCUGUUCGUCCUUGCUGCGGUCUAGGAGCCCGCACACACAGUCAAGAGGGUUAGUCACAAGUCCUGGGCUGCCAGCCCAUUCUAGAUGUGCCCAGCCCGAGGCAAAGGUGUGCGUGCUAAUGGCUAGUGUAAUGAGUGCUGCGCCGUGCUAAUCGUUAUGCAAUCGCACCGUUUCGAUUUGGACUUGAAGUCGCUGUGAAAUGUCUCUAAAGCAUUAUGCAACUAAGGCGGGAGCGGGAGCACCAAUGGCCUUCGGUCAUAAUCAAACAAUCCCAACCACAUCAGUUGCCACAACAACGCCGGGAGUUUCAACAUCAUCCGGCAGCGAGGAGGAGGAGCUCCUGCAGCAGCAGCAGCAAUCCCAGGAGCAUAUCUCCUCCUCAUCCUCGAUUACCACAUUUACCACCUACUAUACCAGCGGCCUGGGGCAAUAUCAUCAGCAGCGCGGCGGCCAAGGAUCUGUCAGCUCCAGCGGCGGAGGAGGAGGAGGAGGACCUGGCGGACCCCAGACUUAUGCAAAUGUUGUCAACGGAAAUGUGAAUCUGCUGCUUGGCGGGGCCAUGCUCUCCCUGGUGACAACCAUAUUGUGUGUGGUCUGCUAUUGUUGCCAUCGAAACAUCAAAAAGCGAACAGAGGCCGCCUACAGGCAGCAGCAGCACCAGUGGCUCGAAGGCGAUCCCAACAUGGAAAUAUACAGCGUCGAACAGUGCUACGAGACUUCGGGCCUCUUCCUAGGCGACUCCACCGAUGGCCUGUCUGCCGUGCCGGCCCUGCACCACGAGCCACCGCCCUCGUACGAUGCUGUGGUGCUGCACGAGCAGCAGCUCCACCAGCAGCAGUUGGAGCAACAGCAGCACCAGCAAUUGCAGCUGCAACUGCAACAGCAGCAACAGCUUCUCAUGCAGCGAGUCUCACCGCCGCCAGGAUACCGCUCCUCGCUGGACUUAAACUAUCAACACCAGCAGCAGCACCCGGGGGCAGGCGGAAGCCGCGGUACCCCCGAUGGCAGCGUGGAUGCAGUGGCCAGUGGCAGUGCCGGAGGAGGGGUAGGUGGCGGCGGCAACGGACUCUUGGUCAAUAAGCAAUUGCAAUUGGCGCUUAAUGCCCAAUCCUGCUGCUCCCUGCAACGGGCCGAGGUGGAGAGUAUGUGGAAUGCCGCGGCAGCGGCUGUGGCAGCCCGAAGCGGAAAUUGCCUGGAAAUGGAGGCCCUGCAGCCUGCAGCGGCACCGCCGCCGCCCUCUCUGCCACUGGCCCUGCAGGUGCGCAAGCCCGUCCAGAACAUCAGGUUGAAUACCUUUGGGCGGCGGUACCUGCAGCAGAGCCAUCAGCACAGUGCCACCCACUACCGGCGGGGCUGUCCGCUGUGCGGCAAGUUCCGCUAUGAGAUCGAGGCGGAGGAUGAGCCCCUGACCGCUCUGUCCGUAGAGAGCGGUCUGAAUAUGAGUGGACGACGUGAAGAGGAGGAGGAGAAUCCGCCAAGCUGUCCCUGUCCCAGCGAUUGCGAUAAUGGCAACCACAUGGCAGCCGGCGAUGCACAGCAGGAUGAGGAAAAUGGGAACGUAGAGGCAGCCGCCACAUUGGAGGCAGCGCCUUCUAACGAACGCACUUCCUCCUCGCCGCCCCUAACCGCUGUCAACGAUGAAAAUGACAACGCAGCAGCAACAUCAGCAACAUUGGACACAACAGCAGCAGCAGCAACAUCGGACAGAGAGGCAGCAACAUCAACCGGCGGAGAGCAGGCCGCGGGCAAUCAUCAGAGGGCGGAGCAGGACGAGGACGAGGAUUUGAACACCAUUAACGAGAACGGCAUCAUCAGCCUGGACAUGAGCAAGAUAAUUGACAGAUCGGGCCUGCCCACAUACGAGGGAGCCCUCAAACUGGAGUCCAGUGGUUAUGUGUGAGCCUAAUGGGGCGUCUGUAAACCAAAAACCUAAAUCACAAGUGUGCUUUAACUACGAUUAAGAUGAGUUUCGAUAUUUAGAGAAAGAAUAUGCCUUUCUACAGACUAGAACUUGCCUGUAAGCCACCUUAUUAGCUACCUUACAGCCCCCAGAGAGUCUUUUGUUUCACGAAAAGAUUACUAAGAACCCACUAAAGUUACAUGCACACUUCAAUAUAAUGCCUUUAAAGUAUUUUGUUUACUAGAGAGUUAUUUUGAGAGAGGUUACCAAGGGGUAUUUCCUUACCUAAGCUGGCAUUCCGCACACAAAUCUCUCUGGUAACAAAGGAAAACAAUAAUGUUAACGUUUAAAUGUCUAGAGCU